GAAUUGACUAGACAUCUCCAGCCGACUUCAGCAAUUGCGUUUACCACAAUUUUUUAUAUUAGUUGGCUUCCGUCCAAGAAUAAACUUUUCUCAGAUCUAGAUGGCGGUAUGCCGGGUGUUCUCCGAUUUGGUAAACGUGAAAAUGGUGUUGAAAAGAAGGAGGUCCCUGGCGUCCUACGCUUUGGCAAGAGGACCAACAAGAAAAGUAUGCCAGGUAUCUAUAAACCUGAAAACAGAGACUUUUCCACUUGA